GGCAUUCCAUCAAUCGGUGAGCACUCUGCCGUUCGCUGUGGACGUCUAUCUGAAUAGCUCUCUUUUUUUUGUCGUUCGAAAGAGGCUGAAAAAACUGGGCGAGAUCUGGUGCUUUACAGGCACGGCGGCUCUCUCUAAAGUUUGAUAUCCUCGAUGCCACAAGGAAAUGUUGUCCUGACAAUGGCUGUCAGUAGCCAGUCAUGCAUAUCGGGACGGAGACGAUGGAACGGCAUCCCUGCGGUGAUCCUGGCGGCUCUUAUGGUCCUGCCUGGCAGCCAUGGAGCUCCUGCAACGGGCAACUGCAUGGAAAAGUCUGCAGGCGAGUUUCCGACAGACCUGUUCACGGAGCAGCAGCGUCAGAAGGGUGCCAUCAUCCUACACAUGAUUGGCCUGGUGUAUGCCCUGGCCCUCAUGGCCACUGUCUGCCAGGUCUACUUCGUCCCUGCUCUCGAAAUCAUGGCUGGCUACUUCAAAGUUCCCACGGACGUUGCAGGCGCAACAUUCAUGGCAAUGGGAACAUCGGCGCCGGAAUUGUUUUCUUCAGUCUUCGGUUCAUUCGUAGCCGGUGGUGACAUCGGUGUUAGCACUGUCCUCGGAUCUGCCGUCUUCAACGUCGUGGGAGUUUGCGGUAUCAUCGGACUCAUGGUUUGGGCUGAGGCCCUUCCCAUCGACUGGUAUCCCGUGACCAGGGAUUGUUCCAUGUACGGACUCACUGUACUCGUCCUGGUUAUCUUUGUCUGGGACAACGCUGUGGAGUGGUGGGAAGCCCUCGUCAUGAUCAUCAUGUUCAUUCUGUAUUUAUUCUUCAUGUACUUCAAUGUAACCUCUCCGAGCUGGGCUCAGAAAAAGGAUUGCACGCAAAAGGUCUCUGAGAGACUGCACCACUUUCAUGUUGCCAAGCAACCAGACGAGACGACGCCUCUGUUGUUGAACACCAGCCACAAGUCUGCAAAGGACCAAGAGCAAGGAUGUUCGCCACCUUCAAGUUUGGAAGACUCCGCCGAAUCUGUAAACGGAGCGAAGACAGCAGAGUUCCGGUUGAACGCAUGGAAGAGGCCCAGUGGAGGACCCUUGAAGCAGGCCUGGUGGCUCUUCAUCUGGCCGGGUUUGUUCCUCAUGCACUUUACCAUUCCGGACUGUUCCAAAGUGGGAUGGAAGCUGUGCUUUCCACUCACUUUCCUCCUUUCCAUCGUCUGGAUCGGAUGCCUGUCUUACAUCAGCGUCUGGAUGGUCACUGUCAUCAGUAAGACUUUCGAGAUACCGGACACAAUAUCGGGAUUCACCCUCCUGGCUAUUGGAACGAGCAUGCCGGAAGCCAUUGGCAGUAUCAUCGUCGCCAAGAACGGUCUCGGCAAUAUGGCGCUCUGCAACCUCAUUGGCGGAAACAUCUUCGACAUCCUCUUUUGCCUCGGACUCCCGUGGCUCGUGAAAGCUGGCUUGUUUUCCGUCGACCUCAGGGUACUGAUCAGCAGUUCCGGCGUGUCCUUCAGCGCCGCGGCGUUGCUGACCACCGUGGUCGCUCUGUACCUGCUGCUGGUGCUCUUCCGGUGGAAGCUCGACUUUCGGAUAGGUGUCGCCUGCGUCACGCUGUACGCGUUGUAUAUUUUGCUCGCUACGUUGUAUGAGUUGAAGAUAUUCGGAGACUUUGACGUGCCGGUUUGCGAGUGAGACGCACAUAAGCUAUGAAGGGCGCGUUCCUUGCUCGUAUUUCGCAAUGUACGUGUAAGACUCUUCAUACUGCUGUUCCGCUUGCGAAGCUAAAGACAGGAGGGCAUAAGUGUAACUUGUGCCAUACCUUACGCUAUGUUAUGCUAUAAGUCUCUCACUAUUAGUAAAUUACCGCAGAGUGCUCGUCCAA